UUUUAAAAUUAACUUUUUGCAAAAAUUGAUAGGGGUACUUCUUAAUACAGUAAUUUCCUUCCAUUUUAAGCAAUCCCAUUACCUAUUUUGGACGCCUUUCUCCCAUAGAAAAAAAGUCCGCCACAAUAACCCUUCGUAAACUCAGGGUAUUAUACAACCAUCAACUCCUCAUUUCUAACACCGAUCAUUACCGGAAUCUGCGAAAUCCACUUACGCUAAACCGAUAUGGCUACUAUCAGCACCCUCAAGAGGGCCCUUAGACAGAGAGCGACGGAAAUAGCUUCGUGUCCCACGCAGCUGUUAUCUGACACGCAGUACAGUGCUGCCUUCGAUACUAUUACACAAGGCUUAGGGUGGACGACGUACCAAGACUUUAUUAUCCCUCGACUAUCUCAGCUACUAACUCCGCUCUUCAACUCGCGUGCCGGUAUUUCUGUGCUAGAAAUCGGACCUGGGCCGAAGAGUAUACUUGGAUAUUUACCUAGCCCUAUGAGACGUAAAAUUAAAAGGUACGAUGCCUUUGAGCCUAACAACUUGUUCGCGGCCAGUUUGGAGGAAUGGUUCAAUUCUCCCGCGAAGACGGAGUCCCCAUUACCUUACCUAGAAAGCCGACCAAGUAUCCAUAAAGUCCCAUUUGUUCUAGAUGAUCGCAUUGGAUAUUGUACCGGGACGGAUACGGAUGAUAGUUGUGGAUACGACGUCAUCCUUUUUUGUCACAGCAUAUACGGCAUGAAGCCUCAUCAUAAGUUCAUUGAAAAGGGGCUGAGAAUGCUGGAUAAGCAGCGAGAAGGAGGAAUGGUAGUAGUUUUCCACCACGACGAGACCCUCGACCUCUCUGGCUUGGUAUGCCAUCGGACGGCUUCUUACCCCACUGGUGUCAUCAGCGUGGCCGACGAUGACGAAGCAGUGGACCUUUUCGCUGCUUUCAUCGCAGGAUUUAUCACUCAAGAUGUAGACACGGCUAUCAGAUCCGAAUGGCGUAAGGUGUGUCGUAUGUUAGGCCGUCGCGACGAAGCCCACGCAGGACAUCUCCUAUUCAGCUCAUCCGACGUCAUGGUGGCCUUUAACAAACAUGGGACCGCUUUAGCAGAUUUAACAGCGCAUGUACCAUUAGUGAAGGGGGAUAAGAUAGUCAAGAACCGAGAGGCUAACUCCCACCACCCCGCUUCGAUUAUCCGACCGACAGAGAUCCAACACGUUCAGUACUGCGUUAGAUGGGCGUUGAAACAUGGAGUCGGUCUGACCGUUCUUGGUGGGGGUCAUAGUGGUCAGUGUCUCCAGUUUAAUGUAGUCUCGGUGGACAUGUCCGCCUUUGAUAAAGUUCAUAUCCAUGCGACUGGGGAGGUUAAAGGGGGCGAGAAGUCUGAUUUUGGUGCCUUCGUUGUCGCCGAAGCGGGUUGUAAGACGGGGGAUAUUAUCACCAAGGCCAUGGAGGAGGGCCUCACAGUGCCCUUGGGGGCCCGUCCUAGCGUAGGGGCAGGGCUGUGGUUACAAGGCGGCAUCGGGCACCUAGCUAGGUUACAUGGGCUCGCGUGCGAUGCCAUCAUCGGCGCCGUAGUGGUCAGUGUCGAUUUUGGCCAAGUGCUCUACGUUGGCCAUGUGCCAAGCCAAUACCGGCCAACCGACGCCGUGCGCCUGGAGAACGAGGCCGAUUUAUUAUGGGCGAUAAAAGGUGCUGGCACCAACUUUGGCAUCGUUAUCAGCGUGACUUUUAAAGCCCACACAGCUCCAACCUACUUGGCUCGAAGCUGGGUUUUCCCGCUGAAAGAUAACAUCGAGGCGCGACGAAAGCUCAGUGAUUUUGAUAAGCUUGUCGCUAGAGAUCUUCCUCGGAACUUUUCGGCAGACGCGUAUCUGUACUGGGAUGCUGAUCAACUACAUCUUGGUGUAACUAUGUUCGAAUCUUCGACGGCUAUGGUCAGCUUAGAAACACCUACACCCACGCUCAAGUCUGUUAGGGAAAUGUUAGGGCCGGAGAAAAAUUCGAAGGUAGUGGACGGCGUUGGUUUAUUCGAGACGGAGAUGUACAUGUCCGGAAUGCACGGCGGACACGGCGGUGGCAAGACCUCCUCGUUUAAGCGAUGCUUAUUCUUAAACGAUAUCGGAACAGUGGACGUCGCUGAUAUCUUAAUAAGGGCUGUUGAAACUCGUCCCUCACCACUUUGCUAUCUCCAUCUGCUCCACGGUGGUGGAGCGGUUAGCGACAUUACGAGCGAUGCAACCGCUUUUGGCUGUCGAGACUGGAGCUUUGCCUGUGUGGUAACUGGAGUCUGGCCCCGCGAUCAAGAUGGAACAGAAACUGCCCGAGCUGCCAUGCGUUGGGUUUACAGCGUCGCCGACAGCUUGCUGCCGUUGAGUAGCGGAGUUUACGGUGCUGACCUCGGACCGGACCCCCGGGACGCCGCUCUUGCUACCAAGGCAUUCGGGCCAAACCGGUCGCGCCUAACCCACCUCAAGCGCAAAUUUGAUCUGUGUAAUGUGCUAUCUUACGCCUGUCCGCUCCUAAAAGCACCGAGGGAACCCCAACUUAUCGUCCUAGUGACAGGCGAAAGUUGUGCUGGCAAGGACUAUUGCGCCAACAUCUGGGUCUCCGAACUCAAGAGCAAAGGCUUAGCAGCGUGUGCAGCUAGCAUCAGCGAUGUGACCAAGAGAGAAUACGUCGCGGCGAGUGGCGCCGACCUAAACCGCCUACUCCUAGAUCGUGUUUACAAGGAACAGCACCGGCCAGCAUUGACGGCGUUUUGGAAAGACCAGACACGGCGACGGCCUCAGCUACCAGAGGAACACUUUUUAAACAUAGUACAUGGCGCAGAAGAAAUUGAUGUGCUUCUAAUCACCGGGGUGAGGGAUGAGGCACCUGUUGCAACCUUGUCGUAUUUGGUGCCGCACAGCAGACUGCUCGAAGUUCGUGUCCAAGCCAGCGAAGAGAUGCGGCGGGCUCGCGGAGGGAGUCAAGGCGGUAGCGGUGAUGAAAAAAACAGUAACUACCGUCCUAAUUUCAUAUUCAACAAUAACACGGCCGGAGAUGAGGUAAUAAAACAAUUUGUAGAAUACUCCCUACUCCCGUUCUUUCACGAAGACCUACAGCGUCUAGCCGAUAUGGUGCGCCCAGUACCCGACUUUCCACGCCGAGAUAUCAAGUUCCGUCAUGUACUAGACAUCUCGCAGCAGCCCGGCGGUCUGGCUCUAUGCACAUCUCUGUUGCAAACGCACUUCACCGGCGAUUGGGCUAAUGUUUCUGCGGUGGUGAGCUGCGAGGCUGGUGGCUUCAUCUUCGCGUCGGCGUUAGCUGCGCAGAUCAAUGUACCCUUGGCGCUGAUCCGCGAAGCCGGGAAGCUUCCCCCACCCACCAUCUCCAUCGCCAAGUCCUCGUCGCAUAUUUCGUCUUCAACAUCCAACGGUUCGGGCGAGAAAAUAAUCGAGAUGGAGCGGGACGUGAUCCCCGAGGGCGUGUCAGUAGUAGUGGUAGACGAUGUGCUUGCCACGGGGGAAACGCUUUGCGCGAUGUUACAGCUGCUGGAGAAUGCCGGCAUUAGAGCUGAAAAUAUCAGCAUCAUGGUUGUAGCCGAGUUCCCUAUUCAUCGUGGCCGGGAAUUGUUACGCCGGCGUGGGUUUGGGACAGUCGAUGUUCGAAGCCUUCUGGUUUACGAUGGUGCGUAAGAAGGGGACGAGGAAUAGAUGGAACUAACCUGACUAUGGAAGUAAGUGUCACGUUGCUCUCUCAACGAGGUCUCUCUGAAUCUUAAAAUAUGUACGAAAAUCUCUUAGAUGUAGGUACAUGUUAUAACAGACGUUAAGUUAUCAUCGCAUCGAGCAGAAGCUAUCCCUAAGACACGGGCCUCUAGUUUCUAGGGGAAGAUGUUAGGGGUUAAAAUACCGCUACGGCUUGGCGAUUACUAUCUACAACCACCUCUUCAAAUAUUGAGUUGAUUGGCAUAAAAGCAAGCUACGACUCAUCGCAUAUUCUUUGCCUACUACAUUUAAAUAUGAUAGAGACUACCUAGUUACACAUGCAGCCCAUUACGAGAGUAGUACCAAGCAGUUAGUCGUAGGCUAGGUACCUAUUCAU